AUGACUAAUAAAUUAAGUGAAGAAGAAAUCGAGAAGCUUUUUAAAAAAUUCGACGCCAAUGGCAACGGCAUAUUAUCUCUCUCUGAAAUACAAACUGCGGUAAUCUCAACUUAUCCACAAUAUAAAGAAAAUAAGCCUGCUAUAAUGCGAGCUUAUAAAGCUGCGGAUGCUUCAAAAGAUGGCUACGUUCAACUUGAAGAAUUCGGUCGUCUUAUUGAUCUUCUUCAUUAUUAUAAUGAGCUAUACGAAAUUUUCCAAAAACUUGAUGUAGAUCAUGACAAACGUAUUACUUUUGAAGAGUUUAAAAAGGGACAUAAACUCAUUAAAUUACAGGGACUUUCAGACGAAGAACUUAAAGAAGAAUUUACCAAGAUUGAUACAAAUAAUGGUGGACUAAUUCUUUUUGAUGAGUUCUGUAUUUACGCAGCCAAAAGAAAAUUAUUAAAAAAAGAUUUUUAA